ACUCGGAGAAUCCCGCCGGGAUCCUGGAGCCGGGAGCCGGGAAGGCGGUCGUGCAAGCCCCUUUCUGCUGAAGGAGGCAUGAUGGCGGCCCAGGCGCUGUCGCUGCUGAGGGAUGUGUCGCGGCUGGAAGCGCCGCUGGAGGAGCUGCGCGCGCUUCAGUCGGUGCUGCAGGCGGUGCCGCUCAGCGAGCUCCGCGAGCACGCGGCGGAACUGCGCCUGAGUCCGCUUUUCUCCCUGCUCAUUGAGAACCAUCGGGAACAGACCACUUUGUGUGUAUCCAUUCUGGAGAGAUUGCUCCAGGCUCUGGAGCCAGUUCACGUGGCUCGGAACUUCAGGGUUGACCUGCAGAGGGGACUGACUCACCCCAAUGAUUCCGUAAAAAUCCUCACUCUAUCCCAGGUUGGAAGAAUUGUUGAAAAUUCUGAUGCUGUUACUGAGGUUCUAAAUAAUCCUGAAUUACUAAAACAAGUCAUUUAUUGUAUUGGUGGAGACAAUCUAUCUGUAGCUAAAGCGGCCAUUAAAUCCCUGUCAAGAAUAUCACUGACCCAAGCUGGACUGGAGGCUUUAUUUGAAAGCAAUCUGCUGGAUGAUUUGAAAACUGUAAUGAAAACAAAUGAUAUUGUUCGAUAUAGGGUCUAUGAGCUAAUUGUGGAGAUCUCUUCUGUGUCACCAGAAUCUCUAAACUACUGUUCCACCAGUGGGUUGGUAACCCAGCUUCUCAGAGAGCUGACUGGGGAAGAUGUGCUGGUCAGAGCUACCUGUAUAGAAAUGGUGACGUCAAUGGCAUAUACUCAUCAUGGACGACAGUACCUUGCUCAAGAAGGAGUGAUUGAUCAGAUAUCUAAUAUAAUUAUUGGGGCAGAUUCAGACCCUUUUUCUAGCUUCUAUUUACCAGGAUUUGUGAAGUUUUUUGGGAACUUGGCCAUCAUGGAUAGUCCUCAACAGAUCUGCGAGCGUUUUCCAGUUUUUGUGGAAAAAGUCUUUGAAAUGACAGAAAGUCAGGACCCCACCAUGAUUGGCGUAGCAGUGGACACAAUUGGAAUCCUGGGAUCCAAUAUUGAAGGAAAACAGGUUUUACAGAAGACAGGAACUCGAUUUGAACGCUUACUGAAGAGAAUAGGAUAUCAAGCAAAGAAUGCCUCAACAGAGCUCAAAAUUAGGUGUUUGGAUGCAGUUUCAUCUAUUCUUUAUUUACCACCUGAGCAGCAGACUGAUGACCUCCUGAGGAUGACAGAAUCCUGGUUCUCUUCUUUAUAUCGGGACCCGCUGGAGCUCUUCCGUGGCAUCAGUAAUCAACCCUUUCCUGAACUACACUGUGGUGCCUUAAAAGUGUUCACGGCCAUUGCAAACCAACCCUGGGCUCAGAAACUUAUGUUUAACAGUCCAGGUUUUGUAGAGUAUGUGAUGGACCGGUCCAUAGAGCAUGACAAAGCUUCAAAGGAUGCCAAAUAUGAACUGGUGAAAGCACUCGCGAAUUCCAAGACAAUUGCAGAAAUCUUUGGGAACCCAUAUUAUUUGAGACUCAGAACUUAUGUGAGUGAAGGUCCAUACUAUGUGAAACCUAUUUCCACAACAGCAGUGGAAGGAGCUGAGUGAUUUCUUCUAGAGUCUAAAUCAUUUUUGGACCAAAACUUCUCCUAAGGCAUUUGACUCUCUCUGUAUUUUACUAAACAGAGACUUCUCUCCCCCCAGAAUUAUCGUAGUGUGUUGAACCUAAUUUUAUCACCAGCAUUUGUUGUGUUUCUACAUAAAGUACAAUGUGAAACCAAGAGAGCACAAACUUGGUUAUAAUUGAAACAUAUUUUUCACAUUCAUUUGACUGCCUUACUGUUUACAAGAAGAUGGAAGUUUUGUUCUCCCAGAAAACUUGUGGACUUACUGUCUUUUUUAAAAGUUUGCUUUAGCCCUGGCCAGGUGGCUCAGUUGGUUGGAGCGUCGUCCUGU